ACCUGCAGCAAGUGCACAUUCAGUGCGCACUAGUUUUCUCAAUGAAAAACGCUAUAAGUUCGUUGUCUAGUCCGAGUAAAUAAUGGAAUAUACCUGUCAGUUUUAUGUGGAGCAUGUUUUUGUAAUCUAAAAAAUGCAAAACUGUAUCGAUAAAUUAAAAAUGAAUGUAUCGACUCAAUGAACAAACAACGAUUGUCGUGUUUUCACAACUCCUGUGAGCUUUUUUGGACUGAUCGAGUGUUAUAGUUUAACCUAAUUUUAUUUUCAUGCUGCUCCGCAAGAAUAAACCGUUUCAAAAUGAUGCAACAAUAUAUGAAGGAAUUAGAACAGGAUCCAUUUGACCCUGAAGAAUUUGUUGAGAGAUUAGCAUGGAGAACUGUCAAUGACACUAAAGAUGGUGGGAAGACUUUUUUUGAUCCAGUCAUCGUCCAUGAAACUUUUUUGCAAGCAAUUAAAGACUUACAGAUUCUGCAAGAACGUCAGCAAAAAAAAUGUGAUAAAUUAGAGGCUGCACUGAAAGAAGAAGAAGCUAGACACACAUUUGAGAUAUUAGAGUUACAGGAGAGAAAUAGACAUUCUAUUGAUUUAUUUCAUCAGUUAGAUGAGAGGAUAAAUCUUGUAGCUACUAAAGUCUUGCAUCUGGGAGAUCAGUUGGAAAGUGUUAAUACACCAAGGGCAAGAGCAGUUGAAGCUCAGAAAUUGAUGAGACACUUCUCAGAAUUUUUAAGCCCUGGUCCAUUGACGGAUCCAAUUUUUACAGAUAAGGCCUCGUUGAAUGAUGCUGCGGAUGUGAUACAGAAACUCCAUCUCAUAGCCCAAGAACUCCCUUCUGAGAAAUUUGAACAUGCCAAGAGAAAAAUUGAUGUCAAGUACGAUGAAAUAGAGCGGAAUUUGAUUGAGGAAUUCGUAAGAGCGCAUAACAGGGAAGAUGCGCCACGUAUGAGAGAAUUGGCGAGCACCCUGGCACAUUUCAAGGGCUAUUCCCAAUGUAUCGACGCGUUCAUAGAGCAAAGUCAGAUGGGUUCCUUUGGUGGGAAAGACGUCUUUCAAGAUGUCAUACCUAUGUGUACAAAGUAUCACAAGCUUAUGCAACAAGUGUUCUCUAAUCCCGAACAAGUGAUGGCCAAGUUUGUCUUAAACAUAUAUCAUCUGCGCCUUCAAAAGUAUGCGGUGGCUAAAUUAGCUGACAAAAACGAUUCUGAAAAGUAUCUCAGAAACUUGUAUGAUUUGUACACAAGGACAGUUAAGCUGUCUAAUGAUCUGAAGGUCUUCAAUAUGGGCGCUGAUGAAACUUAUCUUGCUAAACUUACUAGAAAUAUCUUUCAGAAAUAUUUAGAAACUUAUAUUAGUAUUGAAACAAAGGCAUUUCGGGAAAAGUCAGCAACAUUGCUCAUAGAGUAUUACGAAUCGAAGAAUCAUCAGAAGAAACAAUUACAAAUGGGUGGUUUUCAAGAGCUACGUAGAGACUUGCAGGCUGUAUUGGGUGCAAGAACGAAUAUAAACAUUGCUCAAAUAGAAGAUUACGGAGGCGAGACGUUUCUAUCGGAAGAAUUGGCAAUUGCAAUACUACAAAGAAGCAAACUCGCUUUUCAAAGAUGUCAAUUACUUUCACAAUCUGUUGACGUAUCAGCAAAUGCAUUGCAGAUCUUGGAGAUAUUAUUGCAAUAUUUAAUAAAUGAGCAUGUGGACUACGCAUUGGAGUUGGGCUUACAAAGUGUACCGAUACCAGAGAGCAGGACUCAACCAGAGAUUCAUUUCUUUAACGUGGUGCAUCAGUGUAAUGCAAUUGUUCGACUAUUGGAGGAACAAUUCAACGAUAGCGUAUUACCUCUUGUUACUUCGACACCUAAACACGCCGAUUGCUUGUUAAAGAAGAAAGCAGUGUUGGAGCAAAUAGAUGUAAAGUUGGACACCGGCUUAGAUAGAAGCAUAAACGCUAUUGUAGGUUGGGUAAAAGUAUAUUUACAAAGCGAACAGAAAAAGACUGAUUUUAAGCCAGAGACCGAUGUGGAUACCGUGAAUACUGCAGCCUGUCUAGUGGUAGUGCAAUACGUGAGCGGAAUGAUACGAUUGAUACGAAAUACUUUGGAUGGCAGGCAUUUAGAUACCGCUUUUAAAGAAUUGGGAAUCAGAUUCCACAAAAUCAUUUACGAUCAUCUGCAGCAAUUUCAGUUUAAUUCUGCCGGUGCUAUGUGCGCGAUAUGCGACAUGAACGAAUAUCGUAAAUGCAUUAAAGAGCUUGAGAUUGAAUUUGUUACAAAUCUCUUUGAUACUCUACAUGCUUUAUGUAAUUUGCUGUUGGUCAAGCCUGAAAAUCUAAAACAAGUCUGUACGGGAGAUCAAUUGAUGACGCUCGAUCGUACUGUUCUACUCAACUUUAUUCAAUUAAGGACCGAUUAUAAGACACAAAAGUUAGCCAAUUGUUUAAAAGGUAUAACAACGUAGCGACACUUCUUGGACAAAAAAAAAGUACUUUAUACUCGCAAUCAGCCUACUUCUUAAUAAUUGUGAAAUAGCUACAAAAUAUACGAAAAUAAUCAUUAAAUAUUGUGAUGUCAUUUAAA